AUGAAUGAAGCUCCAUCCCACAGCCUGCAUGCGCUGCCCAGUGAGCUUCUCAUUCAGAUCGCAUCCCACCUCGACAUCGAGGCGCCCUCGAUUGCCAAAUUUGCCCACGAGCCCUCCACGGAACUGACCGUCGCGGAUGCUACACCUCUGAAAAACUUGUCCCGAGUGUCAUGGCGCUGGAGAAAGGUCGUCAUUCAAAUAUUGUUCAAAUACACUAGGGUUCCCCUCGACCCAAAUCCGCAAUGGGUACCUCUAGAUGCUCGACUCAUCGAAAGCAUGCAAGGCCAGCUAUCUACAUUGAGCAAUCAUGAGUUCAUGAUCUAUACCAAGAUGCGCAGCAAGUUCAAGAGCAGCUCCGCCUUCGCUUUUGAUCAAUCGUUCGAUGACAUCCUUAUCAACCUGUGUAGGAUACAGGAGGGCGAUGAAUUUCUGAAGUCGUCACCAACGAUAUUAUGGUUGCCACAUCUUAACAGCAGCUUCACAGACUUUGGUCGCAUUGUCUCAAAGUACCAGCUCAAGCAGCACAUCAAAAGCAUAGUGGUACACACCGAUAUAGAGUACGGAUUGCGCCAUGUGUCCACCGCCGACGCACCAUUGGCUCGAGCAGUCGCGGAGAUAUGGACACAGAUAUUCACUUACUUCGAGCCAACUCGUGUUGUUGUGGCCGCGCCUCCAGCGACUCUCGCUGGCCUUCUCGACACGCAAAUGCUGAGCUCAGACACGUGGGCUUUUGACAUGAAGAUGCACUACAUCGAACUCGUACAGCCGUCUCCUCCACGUCUCGACCACAUGAGCUCCAGCUGUCGACCUUGGAAUACUGCGCUUCUCCACCGUCGUCCAUGGUCUUAUGUCGGAUAUAACGAAGGGUCCUCUAUCACCGCCUACAGCACCUAUGAAUACCACCUCAAACAGUCACCCAAGAUGCUCUACCUGAUGCUUUUGCGAUUAGCUAAAGAAGUGGAAACAUGUUGCAACAUCACAUCCUUCAGCUUCACCGGCGUCUUUCCCUUCGCAACGAACGUCACAAGCAUCAUCCGCGCCCUUCACCGCAUACCCACGUUGCGCAACGUCACUUUCCAACUCGCUCCUGGACCCGAGAACGACCUGCUCAGCCAACCAGACCGCAUGGGUAGAGCUCAAUCUGGCGACUUCUGGCUAGAGUGGACUGAGAGCUACAAGGUCAUUGCUAGCUACUUGGGUGUGUUCGAUUUUGAAGAUGGUGCAGAGUUCAGAAGCAAGGAUUGUACGGGCGAGACGUUGACUAAGGAUGUUGAAGAGAUUGUGGAGUUAUUGAAGCAUAGAGGAGCUGGGUGGAGAAGCAAGGAUGGGGAGGUGGGCGUGUGGGUGAGGGAUUAUGCGCUUGAUGAUGACUUCACGGCGCCCAGUGUUGAUCAGUUGACGGCUUUGACGGGGGAUACCACGAUGAUAGUGUGA